CUCCUCUCCCCCCUUGCGCCCACAGCGUUUCGUGUUGAUUCGAGCGGGAAGAGAGGGGGGUGGGUGGGAUCGGUGGGGGAGACCAUGACCUCCAGCUACGGGCACGUUCUGGAGCGGCAACCGGCGCUGGGCGGCCGCUUGGACAGCCCGGGCAACCUCGACACUCUGCAGGCGAAAAAGAACUUCUCCGUCAGUCACCUGCUAGACCUGGAGGAAGCCGGGGACAUGGUGGCGGCACAGGCGGACGAGAACGUGGGUGAGGCUGGCCGGAGCCUGCUGGAGUCGCCGGGACUCACCAGCGGCAGCGACACCCCGCAGCAGGACAAUGAUCAGCUGAACUCAGAGGAAAAAAAGAAGCGAAAGCAGCGAAGGAAUAGGACAACCUUCAAUAGCAGCCAGCUGCAGGCUUUGGAGCGUGUCUUUGAGCGGACACACUAUCCUGAUGCUUUUGUGCGAGAAGACCUUGCCCGCCGGGUGAACCUCACCGAGGCCAGAGUGCAGGUGUGGUUUCAGAACCGAAGAGCCAAGUUCCGCAGGAAUGAGAGAGCCAUGCUAGCCAAUAAAAAUGCUUCCCUCCUCAAAUCCUACUCAGGAGACGUGACUGCUGUGGAGCAGCCCAUCGUACCUCGUCCUGCUCCGAGACCCACCGAUUAUCUCUCCUGGGGAACAGCGUCUCCGUACAGCGCCAUGGCUACUUAUUCUGCCACAUGUGCCAACAAUAGCCCUGCACAGGGCAUCAACAUGGCCAACAGCAUUGCCAACCUGAGACUGAAGGCCAAGGAAUAUAGUUUACAGAGGAACCAGGUGCCAACAGUCAACUGAGGAAAAAAAUUAUUAAACAGGCCUAAGAAGAAAUCAAAAACCAUAAGACACCUAUCCCGCUCUGUUAUUUCUUCAUCUGCUGGGGGAGAAAAGUAAAUUACAAACAAACAAGCAGACAAACAAAAAACAGAACUAAAAUAUUGGGACCAUGGCAGAGAAAAGCAGGAGAGGAGCAAAAUGAAAAUUAGUUAACAAAUGUUCCUCCUCCCUCUGGGAUACCACCACCACUUGUUUCUGUGUGUGUUUAUUUUGUUUUUCUUUCUAUUCAUGCUUUGCUUAAUAUACUCCAAGCUUCUUCAGCUAGGUUCAGCCCACCCAACCCCAUGAUUGUAUGAAGUUUUUAAAAAAACUACAGCAGCCAAAGAAACCAUAUAUACAUCCAGAAUGAUUGCCUCUACUCUCCUCAUUGACUUGUUUGAACCUCAGUGCCUUACCCUGUCCUCUUCCCAGUUCUCUUGAUAGAAGCUCUAGGAGCUUCUGAAAAGCCAAAGUCUUUCUGAAGAAUCUGUGCCAGACAGACAUAAUUCCCUUUCUCAUUGUCUCCAUCUUUGUUGGUCAUGGUAAGGUUUUUCCAUCAGCCUCUGAAAAAACAGUUGUGCACAUCUGGUCACUGGACUGUCAGAUCCAAUGUAAUUGGCUGUGUCUGGCUAAUUCUAAGCACUAAGGUGUACAUCUAAGCUAUAGAUUUAAGUUUGAAGCUAUAGAUUAUAUCACUAUCACCACCACUCCUCAUCAUAUGCAAUCAAUCAAUCAAUCAAUCAAUAUCAAUCAUCUUAAAGAUAUUUGUUGUCUUUGAAUGAUUUGCUGUCACAGACUAUUUGGUAGAAGAAAUAUUUUUCACCUGAGAGAGGAAGAGAAAUUUCUCUAGUAACACAAAGAGUGAGUCGUAAAAGGCAUGCCCACAUCUCUUUCAUGCCUUAAGGAUAGUGAGAUGCACAGUUAUAUAUAUACUGUAUAUAUUUAUAUAUUUAUAUAUAUAUUUCAUAUAUAUAUAUAAUAUUGCAAGCUUCAGUUUGCAAUUUCCCAAACAGUACAAAAAGCAAAUUAUACACCAUCACCACUGUUCUUAUCUCUAUAGUGAUGAGACAUUAAUUAGGGAUCUUGCUGCUUUUCUUUUUCUACACAAAAUUUUCAUUAAAGCCACAGAAUAAUUGAUAGAGCAGCUGUUCUCAUUUAGAACAGGUCUCAUUUUCACAUUAGGCCUUUACAUGGAUUAGAAACUAUUUGAGGCUAUAAAAAUGUCCUUGAGUUUGGAGCCUGAGCUCUGGUGAAAUGCUGAUACAUCUGAUCUAUCAUGGGAAUUGCAGUUAGAGAGAGGAGGGAAAACCAUUUAGUCAUCUACCCUUUCUUCACUCAGCAGGAAUAUGAAAGACACAUGUUUAAGAGGAAUACCUAAAGGUUUUUCUAAAUUCCAACAUUUAAAAGGCAAUUGUGGGCUAUUUUUAUUUUUUAAUAUUUUAAAAUAAAGUUUAGUGUCUAGGGCUGGGAGCCAGGACUGAUCUUUCAUUUCUUUUUCUUUGUUCCCAGCCAUGCUUUUGUAACUUGCCAGGUGGACUUGAUCAACUAUAUUACCAUGCCGUGCCUCAGUUUACCCAUUUGUAAAAUGGGAUUAACAAUACUUACCUACCUCACAGGGGUGUUGUGAGGCUCUAUUCAUUUGCUCCUUUAUUCUUUCCUGUAUUCUCUGUAUGUCUAGCACUUUGUAGCCAUGGGAGGAAAGGGACUAUAAAAGUGUACAGUGUUAAUGGAAUGAUACGGUACCUGAAAGCCUUGUUUUCUAGUAAGAAAAUGCUACCUUGCUGUACAUACUUAUAACCUUGUAUUUGGAAAUGAGAAAUAGGUUUAUAUUUUCAGAUCUCUCAAAAAUCACAUCAUUUGACCAAAGAAUAAUUUAAGACACAUAGAACAGAAUUUUUUUUUAAUUUAUAUUUUCAUCCUGACCAGCUUAGUUCUAAUAAUUUUUAGUUGUGAGUGAUUAAAAAACUUUGGAUCAAUUUUGGUCAAAUAUGGCAACUUUGUAGUCUGAGUGACAGGCAAGGAUUUUUGGGUUUAAGAUGCACUUUUAGCACACAUUUGUAUUUCCCUUGGCAUAUCAGAUUGAGCUAAUGGUGAUGUUAUGUCAAUCUAACAGCCACCAAUCUGAAAUUGUAUUUCAAAUGUUGAUUCUGUAGUACUUUAAAUAAUAAUGAAGCUCAUCUUAUACAUUUUGCUUUCACCAAUUGAUUCCUUCUUCUUUUAACACACUAUUAAAAUAUUUCUUACUGAAUGGUUCAUGUAGGCUUGCUGAACAGCAUGCAUUACUUGCUUCCUGAAAAGCUCCUCCAUUCAUCCUUUUGUCCCACUAGUUGCUGUGGAUUUUCAAGUUUUGAAGGAACAGUACAUCCCAACAGACUGACACAUUCUAAGUGAAAUGAGUAUAAUCCAAGAAGUUGAUGAACUUUGGAGGUUUGGAGUUUGGAGAGAAUGGCUAAGAAGAUUUGAAUUAUAGGGAGGGAACAGAAAUCAUACAUGAAAAGGUUUUAUUGAGAAGGGAAAAACCUUAGAUAGAGGGACAUGUGAAACAAAAUCAUUUGAAAUUUUGAUUCAGACAUCCAUUUCCAGUGGCAAACAGCAAAGCCGGAACCCACAAACCCAAAUGAUUGGUGAAAUUGGGUGGUUUUAUCCAAUGUCUCAGGCAAGCAAUGUCUGGGAAUAUCUUAGAGUAACCAGUGCUGGUCAGCCAAAGAAAUAUUCACUGCCAGUGAACCAACACCAUAAGCAUGUAUUAUCUAAGCACUUGAUCAAGAAGCAUACAUGUUGUACAAGCUCUCAAUUUUGUUCAUUUACUAUCAGUUUUUUAAAAUACAAGUUUGGUAUGUGAUUUGGAAAAGAAACCUUCUGGAUCUCAAGCCAGUUGUCAGUUGAGGGCCUCAGGGCCACAAACGUCAAGACAUAUCUCUGUUCUUCACCAUCAUGGUACUCCUGAUACCAGAUACAGGUGAAUACACAGGAACUAUCUGCCUGUGUCCUCAAUCUCCCUCCAAACAAGAUGCUGAUUUGUAGGGUACUUGGCAGAUUAAAUUAAACCAGAAGAGGUGACUUAAUAAAAAAGGGAAUGACAUUUAGGGUAUAAAGAUCUCAUAAGAAAUGUAAUAUGUAAAUUAUAUCUUGCUUUAUGUUGUAAAAUAUACAUUGUUUGCGCUAGAAUAGAAAUGAUUUCUUUUCAAUAAAAAGAAAGGACACUACCAUGUCUUUUGCUAUAUACA